UUAAUGUUUGUCACGAUACGCUUUAUGUUUAUCUGUUCCCCCUUCACGCUUGUUAGUUGGUGUGGUCUGAAGAGUCUCGCGCGACCGCCGCUGAAAUCCGGAAGUUUGGGCGGUGGUUGAACGCGGUCUCGUAUUCGUCCGGAUUGUUUGGUUUGCAGGUAAAGACACAUACUGCCAAAAUGUCAAGCAAACGUGCAAAGGGAAAGACCCUUAAGAAGCGCCCUCAGCGCGCAACCUCCAAUGUCUUUGCUAUGUUCGACCAGUCCCAAAUUCAGGAGUUUAAAGAAGCAUUCAACAUGAUCGAUCAGAACCGUGAUGGUUUUGUAGAUAAAGAGGAUCUGCAUGACAUGCUGGCAUCUCUUGGAAAGGACCCAAAAGAGGAUUAUUUGGAGGCAAUGAUGACAGAAGCCCCAGGUCCUAUAAAUUUCACCAUGUUUCUCACUAUGUUUGGAGAGAAACUCAAUGGCACAGAUCCAGAGGACGUCAUCCGAAAUGCGUUUGCCUGCUUUGAUGAGGAAGGAACAGGCUUCAUUCAUGAGGACUACUUGCGAGAACUUCUGACCACCAUGGGCGAUCGCUUCACAGAUGAGGAAGUUGAUGAGCUUUUCAGAGAAGCACCCAUUGAUAAAAAGAGCAAUUUUAACUAUGUGGAGUUCACCCGUAUUCUGAAACAUGGAGCCAAAGACAAGGACGAUUAGAUGAAAAACAAGUGCCAUCCAGCUACAGUCCCUUUCCUUUUAUUAAUCCCCUUUUAGGAAAUAAAGUGUCUGUACUGUUCCAUCUACCUGGAGCUUCUGUAAGACUCAUUUUAGCUUUAUACCUGCAUAUGUGUUUGAAAAGUGCACUCUGUAACCAUCUAAAAUAAGACCUUACAUGUGAAUGGUUAAUAAUGCUGUAUCACAGAAAAUGUUUUGUCGUACCACCACAAUACCUGAAUUCUUGUUAUAAUACAUUAUGGGUCUGUGCACAGUUAAGGGUGUUUUGAGUUUUUUGCAUAUUUUUGUUACAAGGUGAGAGUUCCAGUAUUUGUUUGACUUCGGAUCAAAUUCCACUGUGAUCUGUUGAACACCAUUAUAAUUGAUGGGUGAAUUUGUCUGUGGGUCUAAUCCAGGGUUCAGAUGGCUCAUAAGUUUUCCAUAUAUCUUGUCAAUGUCUAAAAUUUGUAUUACAGAGUGUAACUUUCCAGUUUACUUUUUGCCAUUCGCACACGGGUGUAUUGUACGGUGUCAAACCUCUAAGACAGGGAUUCAUUUCUCUGAUCAUUAAAAGUAUGAAAUGUGAACGUGUUGUUUUUUUAUGCAUUCGAUCUUUCAUGGCCUGGAUAUAACUGAAUUUUUACAUUUUAUAACAUGCAAUAUUUUGAAUAAAUGACUCAAGAGUU